AUGAAAAAAAGGAAAAUCUCAGUCGAGAAGAAUUCUGAAUAUAGGGAAACAUCCGCACAUUCGAGCGUGGCGAAUUUGAAAGCUACAAAUCAUCUGAGACGGUCGCGAUCUGCAAAGUCACCAUUCGUACAGAAUUUGCACAAUUUGGACUUGUCGGAAAAAAUCGCAAAGCCUGAAAACAAUCGGACAAUGCUACCAGACGAAAUGCAACCGCCAAAAACUAGAUUCACUUCUCGUGACAGAUCAAAGGAGACGCGUUCAAUCUCAUCGCCGCGACUUAAAAGUUUUCCCGCUGAAAAGAUCAAGAAAUUAAACAAUUCGCCGAUGUUCACACCCGAGCCAAUCAAUGCUUUAAUAAUGCAACAAGAUCCUCGGGAAACUAGAACUUUCUUUGCGAGUUCCUCUGUCAGAAGUAACAACGGUCAUGGCGAUGUGAUGUUUGCUCAAUUGUCGCCAGUACAUCAACAAACAAAGUCGCAAAAUACAUCCAGCACGAGUCAACAACAAAUUGUAGCUAAUCAUCAACAGCCCCGUCAAACAAAUCCACAUUCUGAGAAUUUGUUAACUCGACAAAUCGCGUCUUCCGAAAGGCAGGUGCAUCAUCCAUUUGUACCAAACGUCUUCCAAGGAGCAGUCAAUCCGUCGACAAUAAUUAACCAGCCAGUAAUUAUUCAACCUUCUUCAACGCAAAUGCCGCAACAAACUUCGAGCAAUUCGCAUGCGGUGAUCGAUCAAAAUCACAAUGAGACUACGGCUCUUGACAGUAAAUGUGAAAAGCAACCGAUCAGCGGUCGAAACGCGAUUAAUCACAGACAAAUGUUCGUACAAAUGCAGCAACAAAAACAAGAAGAAAUUUUACGAAAUGCGAAAGCGUUGUUAAAUAAUCGCUCUGCAAAUGAUUGUCAAAACGUCUAUCACCCUCAAUUAUAUUACCAAUUUCAUCAAAAUCCUCAACGAAUCUAUCAACAAUCGCCGCGCGAUGCAUACCAUCAACAAAUGCCGCCACAUAUGACCCAGCAAAUUUAUAAUAAUUUAGGAACAUGCUGCAAUUAUUACAAUCGUCAGUUAUCCACAGCGCAAGCUCUAGGACAAGGAAUGACUUCACCGCAGGAUGUAACAGUGAAUCAGAUGAGAUUGAUGCAACAUAAUUUACCAAUUCAUCAACGGAAUCAUGGAUAUCCUGUUAAUUCGUCAUCCGUGUGGCCGCAAAAUAAUGGAUGGAUGCAAGCGACGAGUCGGAACCAACAACACUUGCACCAGCAGCCACAAUGGCAAUAUUAUUAUUAUCAAACGCCGACUGCAAAAAAUAUGAACUUUAAUCAACAAAAUUCAAGGAACCAAAGUCAACCUAAUCCGUCGCAGAAUCAGACAAAUUAUAAAUCUACUAAUCAGCAACCAGCUAUGGCAGCUUACAACCGACAGGACGGCGGAAAUAAAACGUUGCAAUUCACACCUGAAAUGAUACGUGACCAAGAAUUGCUAGUUUCCAGCAUGAGGCAACAAGGUACACCCGAUCAGGUGAUGCAGCGUCAAUUCGACGCAUUGCUGAACGAGCAACGCCGACACCUGGCUUACGUCGCGCAGUUUCAACAGCAAAAAGACACCGUAGAGGUCAAAGAAACUCAACUUGCUCGAAGAAGGACGGAAAAGAACGAAAAGCCGGAAUGGAUGGUGCAUAUCACGCCACCACGGAUAUCGUAUAAUGAAAUUGGAAGAAUAGAGACACAAGUAGGUGCAAAGGAACAAUGUCUGACGGAUGGCCAAUCGCCGGAAGAGAUGAACAGGAUAAUUGCUGCUCAAGAAGAAAAUUAUAAUCAACAGAAAAAGGCAGAAAUAUCCAAUCAAAUUGUUUCACCGCAGCAAAUGUAUUUGCGGAUGAAUCCUCAUCAACAAAUGGUUAGUUGGAUGUAUAGAAACGAUCAGGUACCAUAUGGUUACGCAGGCCGUUAUCUCUAUGGUCAUCAGCAGAAUGCACCAAUCAAUGCGUAUUAUCGACCAAAUCCUUCUUUUAACGACUAUAUUCAAUAUUCAUACAACAUGCCUUAUAAUCAUCAAUGUCAUUCACGCGCUGAGCAAGAAAUUCGGACGAAGAAGCAUAAUCUUAACUCGUCAAAUUCAAUUGAUACUGCACAUUUCUACCAGCAAAAUAAGAGGCUCACUGAACCUUCUAGCUUACUGAAGAUGCGAGUAUACAAAGAAGUAAUCUGUCCUCAGAAACGCAAUAACGGCUUGCAAGAUCCGCAUACUAUCCAGAAAACGCUAGAAGCGCUCAAGGAUCCAGCGAAUAGAAGAAGUCUCCAGUAUCUGGCCAAUUUAACUAAGAAAAAACCCGUGAUCAAGUUAAACGGUACUCAGGAUCCUGACGAGAUUCCGGAAGACAUGCAACCGCGAUCUUCCAUAGAAAUCACCUCGCAAUUUCGGAAAGGAGUUUCAGCGAAUGGCUUAGAGAACACAAGGAAUUCGGACAAUCCUUCACCGCGUAUCCUGCGACCUAAAAGAGCCGACGAGCCCAUGAUGAUGGAAUAUCCGCGACAAGGACAAAACACAAGAACCUGUUAUAGCAUGCAAGCCGAAAAGGAGAACGACAAUCAACAGCAAACCAGUCAUGCAGUUGCCCAUGCACAAGACGCAGGGUCAAUUCCUUACGAUCCACAGAGCGCGUCUACUGCACACAGAUGCGGCAACGGCAACGGCAACAAUGCUAUGAUUUUCCAAUAUGCAAGUGCUCCAUCUCAAGAUUAUCAUCAGAUGCAGCAAUACUAUCUAAAUAGACAGAACUUGACGGGCCACAAUGGUGGCCAAGGUGACGUUGCGAGUAUGCGACGGCCAGAUAUAUCGAAUGCGAACAGAAUCAAUCGCGCCGGCGGUGAUACCGGCGAGAAAUCGGGCGCUAAAGAGACAACGAAGCACACAAAUGAUGUGCAGGCGAUGCAAGGGACGAACGCUUCAAUCGGUCAAUCGGAAAUCCGCGAGGCAAGAACCAUCGGAGGCAUUACGUAUCUCGCUAGCAAGUCUGAAUACGGCAUCAACAAUUUUGUCGUAUCGCCUAAUAAAUUAAUCGCAAACAGACACUUGCAACCUCCUAGAAUAUUUUAA